AGAUCUGGGUCUGGUAGUGUUUGGAUAGGGGACACCUGUGAUCACAUAUAUACUGCAGUAACAUUUGUGGAGGACUAUUAGUACAUGGGCUAUAAAUACACUGAAUAAACAAUAAGUAAAUAUAAAUAAAUGUGGUAUAAGCACAAUAUCUUUGAGAUGGCAUGAUUGAUAGGGGGCCAUAUAUGCACUCCAGAGUACGCCCUCAUGCCAGCUUCUCCCCCCUCCCCCCCGCCACACGAUUCCAGUUGUGCUUUUGCACUUGAGGUUAUCUUCUGCUGACCUGAUGAGGACUGAAUGUACUGAGAACCUGCAAACCACUGAGUUUCAGUUGAACAGUGGGGAAGAGGAAAUAGAAUGAAGUAUUCUGGAAAAGGGCCUUGGUGGCUGGACUGCUGAAGAGGAGCAUGCUGCACUGCAACAUCUUGUUUCAGCUCCUUAUUCCAAAGGAGAUCAGAUAAGCAAUGGAUUACAAGGAACUGCUCUUAUAUGUUAAAUUACAUCUGGCAGUGUUAAGUCAGAGCUUCCUGCAUUAGAAGAAGGUAAAAAUGAAAAUGUACAGCUUGAAAAAAUUUCUACACAUAAAUGGAAACCCCACUAACUUGAUAGAAAUGAGUAAAUCCCUAUAACUAUUGGCAGCAGUUCCUAUAUUCCUAUAAACUACUGGUUGCAAUCUGCAAUUUUUCCUAUGUAGAAGGCAGGAACCUAAGAUGCCUUUUCUGAGAUUUUUGAAAGUACCUUCUCUUUUUAUUGAUUAAUCUAAUCUUGAUGAGCACAAGUUUGUUAUCCAAGAUAAGUGCUUAUACCCAAACAGUAUAAUUAGAAAGUUUGCUUAACCCUUUCAGAAUAGUCAUAUAUCUUAAAUAGUGUACAAGGAGUGUAUGCAUAUAUGAACCAUGUGGCCAUAAGAAUAAGGGUAUUAAGUACUAGUUUUCUUCUACUCAACACUGCUUUGGCCUCAUCUUGAGCUCUGUAUCCAAUUCUAGGCACCACAGUUUAAGAAAGAUGCAGAUAAGCUUGAAAAGAUUUAGAAGAAGGCAACAGAGAUGAUCAAGAGAUUGAACAUAAAGCUCUAUGAGGAGAGACUGAAAGACUUUGGGAGACUUGAAGACUGAAUGGAGAUAAGAUAGCACCCUUCAAGUACUGGAAAGGUUGUCACACUGGGCUGGGAUCUUUCCUAGCUUCCAGCUGAAUACCAGGAAAGCUUCCUGACUAUUAAGUAGCAACAUAAUACAACCAAUUACCUAGGAAGGUCAUGGGCUUUCCCAUGCUAGUGACAUUCAAGAUGCAGUUAGCCAGUCAUUUAUUAAAGAUGUUUUAAUUUGGAGUCCUUAUUAGCCCCUUCCAAAUCUACUAUUUUAUGAAUCCAUAAUGCUUGAGUUUAAAAGUUAUGUUUGUUAGCUUUAAGUAAAGAUGUAACAUUUCCAAAAAUUUUGAAGCCAUUGAAACCCCUCAUUUUUUUUUCAGAGGAGCAGGGAAAAAAAUGGAAAUUCAGUACUUUUUUGAGCACUCUCUACAGAUCUAAAUGCACUUAAUUACAUUAGAAACAUAAAAUAUUCAUAAAACUACCAUGAUAUUAUAUAUCCUACCUUCCUUCCAAGGAACUCAAGGUCGUAUGGCAGUGUAUUUAAAGCUAUUCAUAAAGAAUCAGGGCAAGUUGUGGCAAUUAAGCAAGUCCCUGUUGAAUCAGAUCUACAGGAAAUAAUUAAAGAAAUUUCUAUAAUGCAACAAUGUGACAGCCCUUAUGUUGUCAAGUACUAUGGCAGCUAUUUUAAGAAUACAGACCUAUGGAUUGUUAUGGAGUACUGUGGAGCUGGUUCUGUUUCGGACAUAAUUAGAUUACGGAAUAAAACGCUUACAGAAGAUGAAAUUGCAACCAUUCUUAAAUCUACGCUUAAAGGACUUGAAUAUUUGCACUUCAUGAGAAAAAUACACAGAGAUAUAAAGGCAGGAAACAUCCUCUUAAACACGGAAGGGCAUGCCAAGUUAGCUGACUUUGGGGUGGCUGGACAGUUAACUGAUACAAUGGCAAAGCGCAAUACUGUCAUAGGUACUCCAUUUUGGAUGGCUCCAGAGGUAAUACAAGAAAUUGGUUAUAAUUGUGUGGCAGACAUCUGGUCCCUUGGCAUUACAUCAAUAGAGAUGGCAGAAGGAAAGCCACCCUAUGCUGAUAUACAUCCAAUGAGGGCAAUUUUUAUGAUUCCAACAAAUCCCCCUCCUACAUUCCGGAAGCCAGAGCUUUGGUCAGAUGAAUUUACUGAUUUUGUGAAAAAAUGUCUAGUGAAGAAUCCAGAGCAGAGAGCUACAGCAACCCAACUGCUGCAGCAUCUUUUUAUUAAGAAUGCCAAACCAGUCUCAAUUCUCAGAGACCUGAUUACUGAAGCCAUGGAGAUUAAGGCAAAAAGGCAUGAAGAACAGCAGAGAGAACUAGAAGAAGAGGAUGAAAACUCGGAUGAAGAUGAGCUGGACUCCCACACUAUGGUGAAGACAAGCUCAGAGAGUGUAGGCACAAUGAGGGCCACAAGUACAAUGAGUGACAGUGCUCAGACAAUGAUAGAACAUAAUAGCACCAUGCUAGAAUCAGACUUGGGCACAAUGGUGAUAAACAGCGAUGAUGAUGAUAAUGAAGAUGAAGAUGGAACUAUGAAAAGAAAUGCUACAUCACCACAAGCUCAACGGCCUUCCUUUAUGGACUACUUUGAUAAACAAGAUUCCAAGAAUAAAGGCCAUGAAAACUGCAAUCAAAAUAUACAUGAAUCUUACCACAUAUCAAAGAAUAUUUUUCCUGAUAACUGGAAGGUGCCCCAAGAUGGUGACUUUGAUUUUCUAAAAAAUCUAAGCUUGGAAGAAUUGCAGAUGAGGUUAAAAGCUUUGGAUCCUAUGAUGGAACGAGAAAUUGAAGAGCUUCGUCAAAGAUACACAGCUAAAAGGCAGCCAAUUCUGGAUGCAAUGGAUGCAAAAAAGCGAAGGCAACAGAACUUCUGAUUUUAUUACUCCCUAAUAUAAUGCUACAAGUUGAUAUGGACACUGGUAAAAACUAUAUGUAAUUACAAGUCUUGAAAAGCAGCAACUUUGAGCUUCAGAACAGCUAAAGCUGAAGUACUGAAAGAAAAUGCAUUAUGUGUUCUGCAGCCUAAAUGAAAAACCUGUUCUAUUUGUCAUGUUUAAAAAUACAAUAGAAGCUUCACAUUCCACUUGCUGAUCCCUUUCAGCUGUGUUCAGUAGUGUUGUGUGUUGUAAAAUAAGGAGUAAUAUUUGGUUUCUGGUAAGACUUAAAGCUAUGUCCUAAUUGCUCAGUAAUGCAGGGCCUUAAGUUGCAAUAUAUUUUCUUCCAAUUUAAGGGCAUAUUUAUUGUAUAUGCUUAGGUGAUUUUAUUUAUUUUUAUGCUUGAUGCUUUUUAACUGUAAAUGGUGCUUGCAGAUGCUAAUAGUGGAAGCCAGGAUAGAGUAAGUGAAACAUAUGUGUGCAGAAACACUCUAAACAGAAGUCACUACUAUAUUAAGAUCUAACUCAGGUAAAGAGUAUUAGCUCCAGCUGGCUUGUAAGCACACACUUAGGUCUCAUAGGAUUUUUAGUUAACCCCUUGAAGUUGAGCAUGUGUUUAAGCACUAUGCUGAUUUUGGGGUCUAGUGAUACUUUGGCUACCCUAGCAAAAAGCUUACUUAGAGUCAGGGCAGAGUGUCUAAUGAAUGGAAGGUAUGCACUGUUAAACAACUUCCAUUUAUUGCCAGGGGCCUUCAGAGAAGUUCCCAGCAAUUUUUGGUCUACGCCCUCUCCCUUUCAGUUUUGUUGAUAGGAUCUUUCAGAAUAAGAAACAAGUGCCUAAACAGUUUUUUCACAUACUCCCUCUUCUCUCCCCCUACCCCACACCCCUUUGUAAUACAGGAAAAAAUGCAGGUCACUUGUUUUGGGGUGCAAUUCUAUCUGCCAUUCCUUUUCAUCUACUUUUAUCAGUUUCAAUAUCCUAUUUUGCUCCAUAAUAAAAGUACUCUUCCAUUAACAAGUUACUUGUAAGGAUCAUUGUAUGUUUGAUUUUUUUGUUUUUUUUGUUUAUCUUUUCCAGUAUUCUUACCCAUUUAUUUUCUUUUUGUACCUGAAUUUGGAAACAUUUUGUUGUUGUUAUAAAUAUAUUUGAGAGAAACUGAUUGAAAAACCAAAGAAAAUUACUCUUCUGAUCCAUAGGUGCAAGCAUGCAUGGUUGUUUUUUCCUGGUUGUUCCCUCUUUAGCAGCUUUUCCUGCUAAAUCUCAAAUGCAUUAAAAAAAAACCCUCUCCACAACAAGUUUUACAUUUUGUUGCUGUUUAAAAAGAAAUAUCUGGGGAAUAGCUUCCAUGCGUGAGCAAUAAAUAGAAAUUCUAAAUAAAUAACACCUCAAAACAUAUAGAGUAUUACGGUAUUACUUCAUUGUUCAAUCUGGCUUAUAUUGCCAGAGGAAAAUAUGUCUACAAGAAAAAUAGAGGUUUAAUCUUGCAAGAGAAAAUGUGCUAGGUUUUCAUGCUUACAAGAAAGGCCCACACAAUGCUGUACUUGUGAUAGUACUGGCACAGCAGAAUAUCUAUAACCAUUAGACUACCUAUCUUUCCCAUGGUGAUAUUUUGCUUCUGCCAUGGGUAUUCUGACACCUAUGUUCAAAGUAUUUGGGUUUUUUGAAGGCUUUUUUGAAAAUAUGCAACCUGGUGGAUUUUCUCUAGCAUGCUGUUUUAUUUGCUCAGCCCUUGUGAUAUGUACUUAUAUCCAGUAGGUGAAGCAUAUGCUAUUGCAGUCAAAUAGGGUAAAAUAUUUUUGUGACAUUGAUGGACUCCAAUUUACAAUUACUUUAACAUAGACCACAUAGUUGUUUCUUUCAGACUUUUCCCCCUCAUCACCAAUUAAGAUCCCUGUGGUAUUUAUAUACUUCCCAAAAAUAUCUGAUAUAUUGAUAAAUGCACACAGAUCUUGUAAGGAUCCCAAUAGUGACCGCUAAGUAGUUCAGCUUCUGGAUUUUACAAAAUAUUUAGUAAUAUUUUAGUAAAGAUUUUACUAAGUAUUCUAGUCUUUUUAACAUAUACUGCUAUCAUUAUGAGUACUGUGCACUGCAGACAGGAAAAACACACAGCACAUUCUGAAAAGCUUUAAAGCAGUUAAAGGAAGUGCAAUGGGACCAUUCAUUUUCAGCCAAGUAUGAUCUUACCAUGUGCUCUGUGUAUGUGCACACAUGCAUGUGUGCACGUAUUUUGAAAUCUGAUUAUUUCCUUAAAAUUAUUGAACAUUUUAUAGUUUCAAAAGAAAAAUAAAAACAUUACAAAUCUUUAGCUACUUAUAUGAAAAAGAUGGGAAAAGUUCUGGUCGCUAACCUUGUUGGAGCUGAUAUCUUCUUGUAUUUGCUCCUGGUAUGCCAUAUUGUUGUGAUGUACUGUGAAACUAUUGUUGGUAAUUUUGUUGUAAAUCAGACUUCUGAAAUGUUUUGCUAAAUUUCAAACAGAUAUGUUAAUUAUAGGUGCUUAUAAUGUGACUUACAGAACCUUUAUAUUGAUGUGCUUUGUACUCUAUAAUGCAAACGAAGCAUGCACAUUGCAUUUUUGGUAGAAUGGCCACAUUUAACCUCAGGCUGUUGAAUACUUUCUCCACAAUAGCUACCAAACCUGCACAGUGUCCUCUGCAGGGCAAGUGAGGCAGAACUUGUCCAGUAGUGAUUUCUAAGGAACUUGGUUUGAGGGUGGGAAGCAUCAGAUUUCUUCAGCUUGGCUCCCCAGACUCAAGCCCGCUUUCUCUCUGACCUACGUCCACCUGGGCGUAAGUCCUAAGUCCAUAUGGGCAUCCAGUAGGAAGCAAGUCCAAAGGAACUGUGAGGCCAGCUUGUACUCAUGCUUCCCAUGCACAUCCACUGUGCCAGUGGAGUUCUGCUUUGGCACGUGUGACUUGUGGACUUGCAUAAUUUAGAUAUUUUGCACUAAGUAUUGCAGACUUUGCAACUUUUAUGUAAAUAAUUGUGUACUUUGUGCAAAAAAGCCACUACUGUUUCCAAGCAUUUGUGGACUUGAUCUAACCUCAGCUUGGCCAGUGCCAAGUGUGGAAAAGAAGCCUAGCAAACAAACGGGCUGGAUUCUGGCCAAUUCUUGGCAUCCCUACUUCAAGGUACCUCCAGAAUUAAGAAUAAUGUCUUGCUGUGACUCCUGACAAGUGUAUGGCUUGCAGUAGAGUUAUGGUUAUGGGAUGUGUUUGGGGCCACCUGUGGUUCUACCCUGAGUAAGCUUUUCUUUAUACUGAUGCCACAGCUCUAGAUCAGUGGGAGAGAGUUAAGCCUUGCCACUAGCAUCAAGGAGUUAUGGGUCCCCUCAUGCCAGUUCCAGGAGUCCUGGAUCCAGUCCUGUGCUGUGUGCACAGUCUAGGGCUGAGGUUUAAUAGAGCAGUUCUGUGCAUGUUAUUCAGAAGUAAUAUUGGCAUUUCCAGUGUGCAGAGGAUCUUCACCACCCAACAUCACUUGAGUACCUUUCUUUAAUGUUAAGAGAUUCCCCUUGGUUUUUCAGUGCAGUAUCAGUUAAUCUUUUUUUUAAAUCCCAUUAAUUCCUGAGUCACACCCUUUUCAUAAUUUAUUAAAAAUGCCAAAAAUAUUAGUAGGUGUGUAAGCCCCAUCUUCCCCUGGUAUGUCUUAAGUAUAAUUGAUUUUGACCAAUCAGAUGCUGUUUGACGGAUUGUUCUUACUUUAUUGUUACUCAUGCAAACCAGAAAGAUAAUAUUAAAACCAGCUGUCAAGCCAAGAUACAUAGCAUCUGCUCUGAUACAGUCACUGUUCAAAUAUGUAAAUAUUGGCUUAAUAAGAUGAAAUAUGCAUGAAGCUUGUAUUUUUGUACACCCUUUCUCUCCUUGCUUCUUAACUUGCUAAGAUAAACCAAGGAAGUGUUCCAUUAUUAAGCAGAGUUUCCUUUUACACUGAGCAGGAAAUCUGUGCUUUCCUUGUCUGGAAGACGUCAGUAACUUAAACCAGCUAUAAAACAUGGUUUGAGGUGCUGGCUAAUUCUGAACUUGUAACCCUAGUUUCACAGUUCAGAUUUAAUAGAAAGUCGUGGUUAACUGAUGGCUUCUUUGGUUAAUUGUAGCAUGCCAAGAAAGGAUGGGUGAUAUCAGGAAAGAAUGCUUAGACAUACCAGUUGUGCAUAUUUUGGCUUAUGAAGCUGAGAUAUGUAUCUCCAAAAUGGACAAUUAGCCAUGUUCAUAUGAAUAAUAGCCCUCAGUUAAAUAAACUUUGAGCUGUUAGGAAUGAACAGGAGGGAGGUUGGAAGGAGCAGUACUUCUGCUUCACUCCACAACCCCUGAUUGGCUCCUUCAAUAGGUUAUGGAGCAUGAUAACUGAAACAUGGGCUGAAAAAUCCAGUGGCAGUGGCUAACCCCACAACAUCAGUCGGCUGUUGAGUUAUUUAAUCCUUAAACAGCCCCUUUGCCUGGAUUUGGACAUUGUGCUCCACAACCUGGGCAACAGUAGAUUGUGCAUUGCGGAGUGAAAAUAGAAGAGGCAGGUAGAUGCUCUCUCCUGCUUCAGCAUGAAGCCCCAUGGGUUGUUAACCAGUGGGUUAACAGUGAAUAUGUGAACCAACUCAUUGACUUUCAUAUGGGCCUUUUCAUCAGAAAUGAUGAAACCUAAUCACAUUUCUUAGUUUGAUUAAGGGUUUUAUUCAGUAUAGUCUAGACCAAAUAGUUACAAACAAAAUAUGCUAUUUGGAAUUAUGCAUGUCCAGAAUUCUCCCUCAAUCAGUGAAUUCAGUACUGAAUACAACACAUUAAAAAAAACACCUUGUUCACCAUUCGUUGUUUCAGGCAAAAAGAGUUGUUUGCAUUACAUGACAGUCCACUACAGUAAAACUGUAGUGUAUAUGGCCACUGUGUUCAAUACGCAACUCCCAUUUGGGGGUUCUCAUGUGACAGCAAGCAACCCUUGAACAAUCCUUACAUAAUCCACACUCUCAAAGAUCACAUGACACAACUCCCAUUGAGUGGGCAUUGUAACCAGGCCAUGAUGAGCUUCAGCCUUUUAUAUGAAGCUGGUCACUGGGUAAUAAAACUGAAAUUUAGGUAUAGGAUUUAUAUGCAAUUGGCCUUCCUAUUAUUCUGUCAUAUUUAUUAAUAUUUACUGAAAUAUACAUUAUUUGUGUCCAUAAUCACUUUUAUUUCUAUUAAGACAUAAAUGUUUUGUAAAGUAUUUAUUUUACUAAAACAUGCGAUACAUCCAGGAGAGUUAACCAUCAUGAAAUUUUAACCCAGCUUUGUUUAUGGCUUAUUUCCUAUCUUGUACAUAAAAGUUUUAAAGUACAAUUCCCAAAAUUCUGAAAAACAAUAGUUUGUUACCAAGCAUUUUGAAUAAAAGUUAUUUUCCAUCUA